ACUGUAUGCGAAUUGGGACACAGCCGAACUCUCUUGUUCGCCGUAAAACGUAAAACUGCCGUCUGUGAUCGUGUCCUGUCGCAAAAUGCGUUGAAAACUCUCACACGACGUUCAUAAUGUGAUUAAGGUGUUUACAUGUCACUACUACACGUCCAUAAUGCGACUAAAACAGGAGUACUCCACCUGUCUUAAUUAGAUUAUUGCUUACUUAGAUUAUGACCUUAAUUAGAUUAAGAUGGGAGUAAAAUCCACAGGACAAUCAGAAUGAAAAGAUGGCGACCAUACUGCUACCAGUGGGUUCGGAUGGCUUGCACCCAUUCACUCUCGAGUCCCUUUUGGGCAUUGAGCACAGGAUUGCAGAAGAGCAGGCCAAGAACUCCAAGGAUUCCCCAGAGUCCUGUGCGAAAGCAGAGCAUCCCAAAGCCCAAGCAGACCUGGAAGCUGGGAAGGUGCUUCCUCGAAUCUUUGGUGAUAUUCCUGCAGGUCUGGUAGGAGUCCCACUGGAAGACAUUGACCCUUUUUACUUCAACAAUCAAAAGACCUUUAUUGUGCUAAAUAAAGGGAAAGCCAUCUUCCGCUUCAAUGCCACGUCGGCCCUGUACAUAUUUAGCCCGUUUCACAUCAUCAGAAGAAUCGCCAUAAGGAUACUUGUCCAUUCAUUGUUUAGUUUGUUCAUUAUGUGCACAAUUUUGACCAACUGUUUCUUUAUGGCCAUGUCGGACCCUGCGCAAUGGACCAAGUAUCUGGAAUAUACAUUCACUGGCAUUUAUACGUUUGAGUCGUUCAUUAAGAUCUUGGCAAGAGGAUUCUGUAUUGGACCUUUCACGUUCCUCAGAGACCCAUGGAACUGGUUGGACUUCAGUGUCAUUGUUAUGGCAUAUGUGACAGAGUUUGUGGAUCUUGGCAAUGUCUCAGCAUUACGAACAUUCAGAGUCCUGCGAGCCCUAAAAACCAUAUCCGUCAUCCCAGGUCUGAAGACCAUUGUGGGAGCUCUGAUCCAGUCGGUAAGGAAGCUAGCAGACGUGAUGAUCCUGACUGUCUUCUGCCUUAGUGUCUUUGCUCUGAUUGGUCUCCAGCUCUUCAUGGGUGUCCUACGGCAGAAAUGUGUUCGCAGCACCGCUCACUGUGUAAACUCCACAUACCCAGGAAAUGGAAGCUUUUUCUGUAACAACAAGACCUGGCACUCCAUAAAGGACUUCAUUAGCAGUGAAGAAAACUUCUACAAAAUCGAAGGAGCCAAGGACGCCUUAAUAUGUGGAUAUAGCAGUGAUUCUGGAAAGUGCCCUGAUGGGUUUGAGUGUUUGAAGAUGGGGAGAAACCCAAACUAUGGCUACACGAGUUUUGACAGUUUUGGCUGGGCCUUCCUAGCGCUCUUUAGACUAAUGACACAAGACUACUGGGAAAACCUCUACCACCAGACUCUACGUUCAGCUGGUAAGACCUACAUGAUCUUUUUCGUGCUGGUGAUCUUCCUGGGCUCGUUCUAUCUGGUAAACCUGAUUCUGGCUGUAGUGGCCAUGGCAUAUGAGGAACAGAACCAGGCCACCAUUGCUGAGGCCUGGCAAAAAGAGAGAGAGUUCCAGCUGGCCAUGGAGCAGCUUCGCAGAGACCCGAUGGCAUUAGGAAAGCGAAGCAAGGAAGCCGAACUGCGUCCAUUUCAAGAGAUGUCUCCAUCACCAUUUAGUUGCACUGAGUCCAGAGAGCAUAGAUCCAGAUCCUACAGAACCGUGUCAGAGGAAGCAGAAGAUGAUCCUCCUGAUGAGAAGUUUGUGCACUCACUCCUAGCCACACUCUCCUCCCAUCCUUUGAGCACACGGAGGAGCAGCAAUAGCAGUGUGUUCACUUUCCAUCUGCGCAAAAACUCUGAGGCUGAUGAUCAAGCCAGUGUCCUCUAUGAGGGACGGAGUCGGGCAGGAUCCACAGUGAUGCCAUGGCACAAGCGCCGCACAAGCAGCAUUAGGAGCCACUGUUCCCAAGCUGUUAAACCCAGCUUUGCCAUCAAUGGCCGGCUUGAACUUUUGCCGGACCAGAAUACAAUUGGUGGUAUCAGCCCACACACGCCUACCUUGUUUCCUGCACACAGCAUGGAAAAGGUCAAAGAGGAGCUGGCAUGUUUAGAAGACCAUGCUUAUGAAGUCAGCAAAUCCAUGCAGCAAGGGAAGAUAGAAGUUCUGUCUCCCUGCAUGAAGCGAGAACUCAGCUCAGUCAGUUUCUUCAGUGAUGCAUUGGAUGAAUUUGAAGAGACACAUCAGAAGUGUCCUCCUUGCUGGUACGUGUUUGCUAAAAAGUAUCUGAUAUGGACGUGCUCUCCAGCAUGGCUUGGUCUGAAGGAGUUAGUAAAGGUCAUGGUGAUGGAUCCUUUCCUGGACCUGGCCAUCACUAUCUGCAUUGUGCUCAACACGCUCUUUAUGGCUCUGGAGCAUUACCCCAUGACUGAGGAAUUUAAUGGCAUGCUGAGUGUGGGGAACCUGGUGUUCACUGGGAUUUUCACAGCUGAGAUGGCAAUGAAGCUCAUUGCACUGGACCCAUACUACUAUUUCCAGCAAGGCUGGAACAUCUUUGAUGGGAUUAUUGUUUGCUUGAGUUUGAUGGAACUUGGUCUGUCCAAUGUUGAGGGAUUAUCAGUGCUCCGUUCAUUCAGACUGCUGAGAGUCUUCAAACUGGCCAAGUCAUGGCCAACACUCAAUACCCUGAUAAAAAUCAUCGGCAACUCUGUGGGUGCCCUGGGCAAUUUGACCCUCGUCCUGGCCAUCAUCGUCUUCAUCUUUGCUGUGGUUGGCAUGCAGCUGUUUGGGAAGAACUACCAGGACUGCGUGUGUAAGAUUAGCACGGACUGCACUCUGCCACGCUGGCACAUGAAGGACUUCUUCCACUCGUUUCUGAUUGUGUUCCGUGUGCUGUGCGGUGAAUGGAUCGAGACGAUGUGGGACUGCAUGGAGGUGGCUGGCCAGCCACUGUGCAUCCUCGUCUUCAUGCUGGUUAUGGUCAUUGGAAACCUGGUGGUUCUGAACCUCUUCCUGGCUCUGUUGCUGAGCUCCUUCAGCUCUGAUAACCUGUCUGCUCCAGAGGAGGAUGGUGAGAUGAACAACCUACAAAUAGCCAUUGCACGCAUAUAUUCUGGCCUCAGCUGGAUCCUGGGAGUCAUCAAGGAUUUCUUCAACGGCAACCUGGCCACACACUGGCACACGAAUAAGCAAGCCCAGGCAACCGUGAAGGGUCACGGCACCAACCAUGUUGAAUGUAAUGGGACUGUUGGGAGAAUCAGCAGUUAUGCAGCGAAACAUGUCACUUCAGAAAGGGAGGACAGCUACAUGACCAAUCCCAGCUUGAACAUAUGUGUUCCGAUAGCACCUGGAGAAUCGGACAUGGAGUUUCCUGAGGAAGAGGAAGAUGGCACAGAGACAUCAGAAGAUGAAAUAAACAAUCCAGAAGUGAUCAGCCUGUCAGAAGGAAGUACUGUGGAUCUGAGGAAUCCAGAAGGAGAAGAUGAGGACAUCCAGCUAGCUGGUGACACCAUGGAGCCAGAAGAGUGUCUCCCUGAGUUCUGUAUGCGUCGCUGUGAAUGGUGCGACAUCAACACGAACCAGGGUCUAGGCCUGGUCUGGUGGAGGCUGAGGAAGACCUGCUACCAAAUUGUGGAGCACAGCUGGUUUGAAACCUUCAUCAUCUUUAUGAUCCUCCUCAGCAGCGGAGCUCUGGCGUUUGAAGACAUAUAUAUUGAACAGAAGAAGGUGGUGAAAGUGGUGCUAGAAUACGCGGACAAGGUCUUUACCUACGUCUUUGUGCUGGAGAUGCUUCUGAAAUGGAUUGCAUAUGGUUUUAAGAAGUACUUCACAAACUACUGGUGCUGGCUAGAUUUUCUGAUAGUGGAUGUAUCGCUAAUUAGCUUGGUGGCUAAUUCUCUGGGCUACUCAGACUUUGGAGCUAUUAAAUCCCUGCGGACCCUGAGAGCCCUUAGACCACUAAGGGCCCUGUCCAGAUUUGAAGGAAUGCGGGUGGUGGUGAAUGCACUAAUUGGUGCCAUCCCCUCCAUCAUGAACGUGCUGCUGGUAUGUCUGAUCUUCUGGCUUAUCUUCAGCAUCAUGGGUGUCAAUCUCUUUGCUGGGAAAUUUGGAAAGUGUGUCAACAGGACAGGCUACAUCCAUAACGCCUCAAUUGUGAACAAUAAAUCAGAUUGCCUGGCCAUGAACAACACUCAGUUCUACUGGACCAGGGUGAAGGUUAACUUCGACAAUGUAGGGUUGGGAUACCUCUCACUUUUACAAGUCGCAACUUUCAAAGGCUGGAUGGAGAUCAUGUAUGCAGCAGUGGAUUCACGUGGGGUAGAAGAGCAGCCCAUUCAGGAGAUUAACCUGUACAUGUACCUUUACUUUGUCAUCUUCAUCAUCUUCGGCUCAUUCUUCACUCUAAAUUUAUUUAUUGGUGUAAUUAUCGACAACUUCAAUCAGCAGAAGAGAAAGAUAGGUGGACAUGACAUCUUUAUGACUGAAGAACAGAAAAAGUAUUAUAAUGCGAUGAAAAAGCUGGGAUCAAAAAAGCCACAGAAGCCCAUACCAAGGCCAACGAAUAUUCUGCAAGGUUUCUUCUUUGAUUUGGUCUCCAAACAAGCAUUUGACAUCACAAUCAUGAUGCUGAUCAUCUUGAACAUGAUCACCAUGAUGCUAGAGACGGACGAGCAGUCUCCUCGCAUGGAGUCCAUUCUCAACAACAUCAACCUGGCUUUCAUCGUCAUCUUUUCCACGGAAUGCCUCAUUAAGAUCUUUGCUCUCCGCUGCUACUUCUUCACCAUCAGCUGGAACAUCUUCGACUUUGUAGUGGUCAUCCUUUCUAUUGUUGGAAUUGUCCUGGCCGAUAUCAUCGAGAAAUACUUUGUGUCUCCAACCUUAUUUCGGGUGAUCAGGCUUGCCAGAAUCGGACGGGUCCUCAGGCUCAUACGAGCAGCCAAAGGAAUAAGGACGUUACUCUUUGCCUUAAUGAUGUCACUGCCAGCCCUCUUUAACAUUGGCCUUCUGCUGUUCCUUGUCAUGUUUAUUUAUGCCGUUUUUGGGAUGGCCAACUUUGCCUAUGUGAAGAAGCAUGGUGGGAUCGAUGACAUGUUUAACUUUGAAACCUUUGGAAACAGUAUUAUAUGCCUGUUCCAGAUCACCACCUCUGCUGGCUGGGACAACUUGCUGGAUCCUAUUCUAAGCAACUCGCCAGAGGAAUGUAACCCACACAUCGUCAACACAGGUACUAAUACAAAGGGCAAUUGUGGAAACCCCUCAAUGGGAAUUACCUUUUUUGUUAGCUACAUCAUCAUCUCCUUCCUCAUUGUUGUUAACAUGUACAUUGCCAUCAUCUUGGAGAACUUCAGUGUAGCCACAGAGGAGAGCACCGAGCCUCUUAGUGAGGAUGACUUUGAGAUGUUCUACGAGGUAUGGGAGAAGUUUGAUGUGGAAGCAACGCAUUUCAUUGAGUACUCGAAGCUUUCCAGUUUUGCAGAUACACUUUCAGAGCCCCUGCGAAUUGCCAAACCCAACAAGCUCAAGCUGAUUUCAAUGGAUCUACCCAUGGUGAGUGGAGACAAGAUCCACUGCCUGGACAUCCUUUUCGCCUUCACCAAACGUGUACUGGGUGAGUCGGGUGAGAUGGAUGCCCUCAAGCAGCAGAUGGAGGAGAAGUUUAUGAUAUCCAAUCCAUCCAAGACCUCCUAUGAACCCAUUACCACCACUCUCCGGCGCAAGCAGGAGGAGGUCUCGGCCACCAUGAUCCAGCGGGCAUACAGGAGACACCUUGUCAGGCAGCAGAUAAAGAACGUUUCUUAUCUGUACCAACAAAUAAACCAAGAGGCAUCAGUGGACGUGGCGCAUGUGCAAGAAAAACAGGGCCUCAUUGCACAUUUGAUUAAGGAGCAUUAUGACAAUGAGGAGGAGCUGGUUGAGGGGUCUCAGCACUCCUCCCCUCCUUCCUAUGAGGCUGUCACCAUGUCUCCAACUGGAUCAUUCCAGGUGCUGAUGCCUGCCUCCAGGAACCUUGUAGAUUGUGAUUCUUGUAACACUGAAGAAACCUGUCUGUAAGUACUACUUAUUAUAUCAGGAAGAUCAGAGUGUAAAGCGCAUGGUAUGCUGGGACAUGCAAAGGCAUAUAGACAGACCUACAGUGGGCUCUUCAGCACAUGGAUACAUUUGCUGAUUCAUAUGAUGCUCAAACCAUGUACAAGCCAUACUGUAUUACAGAGUUAUUGUUACUUCACUACUGACAGCCAGAAAGUCAGUGAGGUGGAUAUCCUCAAGCAGCAGACAGAGGAGUUCCUGGCUAAUCCCUACUAUGUUAGAAGUACAUUUUGUUGAAUGGUAGAUCGUUAGGAAUAGGUUUGAUGAUCACUGGACAAAGCACAUUCACUAUAUCAGUGAAUUGAUGAAGACUAAGGCCAGAAAAUAUUCAUUAUAUACGCAAUGGCUUUUUGGUAGAUAGUAUUUACCUUGCAGUAAGGUAAAUACUAUCUACCGCACGUGAAUAUGUGUUGUCGAAUUGACAGUAUUGAUCAAGGUUUGACAUUUUUCCACUAUUUUUUAGCAAUGAUCUCAAAUAUUUUUCUACCAAGGAUUAAACAUACAGUAUACUAUGUAUGUCCCAACACUACAGAAUGUAAGUAGUUAUAAUUUUACUUGAAAUCUAUGGGAUAAGGUUGUGAAGAUGAAACAUGAUUACUGAUGUUUACUGAUGUAAAUAGAAUUAACGCCAUGGAGAAUGCGGUGUUGAAAGGCACAGUGGAUAUAAAAAAAAUCCACACAUCCCUGUUAAAAUGACAAGUUUUUGUGAUGUAAAAAAAAAAAAUGUAACUAAGAUAAAUCAUGUCAGAUCCUUUUCUACUUUUAUUCUGAAAUUUUUUACCUAUUAAUUGAAGUCUAAAACAAUAAGAAACAUUUUGUACAAAUAUACCAUAAACUGAUUGCAUAAGUGUGCGCACCCCUAAACUAAUACUUAGUUGAAGCACCUUUAGAUUUUAUCACAGCAUUCAAUCUUUUUGGGUAAAGAGUCAAUCAGUCUGGCACAUCUUGACUUAGCAAUAUUUUGGCAACUGUCAAAUUAGCUGGCUCUCUCCUGUGCACAGCCCUCUUCAAGUCGCCCCACAGAUUUUUGAUUGGAUUUAGGUCUGGACUCUAACUGGGCCAUUCCAAAACCUUGAACUUGUUUUGGUGAAGCUAUUCCUUUGUUGAUCUGGUUUGCUUUGGGUUGUCAUCAUGCUGAAUGGUGAAAUUCUUCUUCAUCUUAAGGUUUUGUGCCAAAAUUGACUGGUAUUUUGAGCUCUUUUGGUGUUCUUUUGGUGAUGUGCUGUGUUUAUCUUUGGGUAUUAUGGCCAAAAAGUUCAACUUUGGUCUCAUCAGACCAGAACACAUUAUUCCACAUGUUUUUGGGAGAUUAGAUGAAUUUUCUAUUUAUUUAUUUAUUUAUUUUAAAAGGCUUCUGUCUUGCCACUCUACCCCAUAGUCCAGAGAUAUGAAGAAUUCGGGAGAUUUUUCUGACAUGUAGGGAGUAACCGAUACUUGCCAGAAAUUCUUUGAAUGUUGCUGUAGGCCUCUUGGCAGCCUCCCUGACCAGACCAGUUUUCACUUGAUCUUCUCAUCGAUUUUAGAGGGACGUCUUGUUCUUAGUAGUGUCACUGUCGUGCCAUGUAUACUCCACUUGUACAUUUUUGUCUUUACAGUUUUCCAUGGUAUAUCCACUGCCUUGGAAUUUUUCUGUGACCCUCUCCUGAUUGAUCCCAUACCUGCUUUCUAAGCUCUUAGCGGCCCAUGGCUUUUCCAGUUGGAUGUUACCAAGAAUAUGUCAGGAAAAUCCUAUAGGAACAGCUGUACUUUAUUUGGAGUUAAUCAGUCACUUUAAUUGAUGGCAGGUGUAUACUAAUUAGUAUUUAACAUGAGUUUGAAUUUGAUUGGUUGAUGCUGAACACUGCCUUAUUCCUAAUUAUGAAAGGGAUGUGCACACAUAUGCAAGCUGUGUAUUGGAAGAUUUUUCUUUGUCUUUUUUUUUUUCCCAAAAAAACCUUUCUGGGUGUUUGUCACUUGAUAUUUAUAUGUUACAAGUUCACAAUAAAGGUGAAAAAGGUUCUGACAUGAUUUAACUUAGUUUAACUUUUUUACAUCACAAAAACCUGCCAGGGGUGUUAUAGAGUUUUUAUAUCCAUUGUACAUAAAACAAUUUUAUUUUGUAGAAACAUUGCGCCGAUGCCAUUAUAGCUUGGUUUUGAGUCUGAACAUUUUCUGCACAGGAUAUCCAGGUUGAUUUUUAGGGCUAUUUUCACUACGAGAGCUGCAAUAUGUGCCUGCUGAUGUUUGUUGUGUCUCUACACACAUGACUCAGUUUGGGAAAGCUGUGCUUCAGGAGCCAUAUUAAGGGAUAUAUUAAGAGUCAUAUUAAGAGUAAGAAUUGCUCUUAAGUCUCACAGACACUUUAAUACUUACUGUAUAUGUGAAAUGAAUGAUUGAAUAUGCAGUGAUUUCUUUGCAUUACAUCAAAAUCAAUUCAUUCAUUUAUUUAACUUUUCUAAUACAGACAGGUGACAAAUGAACGGGAAAACAAGCGACUAUUAUGUUGUGGAGGCAUGUAUUUAUUUUGCUGGUAUAGUUUGUGUCCACUUGUCUACUUAAAAGGAAGACUCACUGCAAAUCAUUACAAUCAUUCUUCGGACUGAUCACCUUUAUUCUGUAAUACAACAUUUCUGUCCUGAUGGAAGAGGCCUUUAGGAAGAAUGAUGCUUAUUUCUCCAGUACUAUUCCUGAGACUUGCAGAAUGUGCACAGAGGUGCAGCUGCUUUGGCAGCUUGUGUUGGCCAAAACCUUACUAACACACUUUAUGUUGGUUUUUCUUUUAAUUUGUCACCUGUAUGUACCUCAAGGUGAUAUUCCUUUUUAUACAGUGCAAUUCAUUAUCCAAGAUUAUGACCAGAUUUCUCCAUAUGUUAUGUUUAAUCAAAACAUUCAUUAAGCAUUAUAUAAAAUGACAAUAAAGAAAAAAUGCAUCUGGUGAAACAAACUGUGCUAUCAAUUUUGGAAGAGGAUCUCAAACUUUGGUCUUUCAUAAGCUUUCUCUGGUACAAUAAACAAAAAAGACCAAAUUGUGGCCUUAGAAUUAUAUUAUUAUUAUUAUUAUUAUUAUUAUUAUUAUUACAUUCAUUCUUAACCCUGAUAAAAACCUCAUAAAACUAAGGUCACAAAUUUAGGCCACUAAAUCUAUUCAAUCAUAUGAAACUUGUCUAUACUACUAGCAUGUGCCAUCACUAAACUGUACAUUGCACUGGUUAAGACAACCAGCAUUGUCACAAAAC